UUGUGCCUAACUUAUCGGGCACCGCCCGCGGAGCAUCGAUCUUAGCGCGCGGAAUGUAAACAAAAACCGCUCGUUUAAUGGAAUAACAAGAGUAUAAAGGAGAACGACCAAUGGGAGAGGAGGAUUGCGCUGUUGGAAGCCCCGCCUAUCGCUCCGCCCAGCGUUGCGAUUGGCGCGGCGUCACUCUCCAAUAGUGGAGGGGCAGCCGAGGUGUCGGCGAUCACACCUGAGCCAGUUCUGAGCGCGAGCCCAUCUCAGCACCAUCUGUUUGUUCUCGUGUUGUGUGUUUUGUGCUCCAAGUGACCGAUGCCGGAAUGGUAAGUUUCCACGGCUCACACUCUGUUCUGUGACAUCUGACACUUGUAGACAGUUUGAAGUGUACCCGAGUAGUUCGCCAUGCCUCGACCGUGCCGAGAAUCCUACGGGGACCAGAAGCCUCCGUUCUCCUACAUCUCUCUGACCGCGAUGGCCAUCUGGAGCUCUCCGGAGAAGAUGUUGCCGCUGUCGGACAUCUACCGCUUCAUCAGCGAGCGCUUCCCGUACUAUCGCCACAACACGCAGCGGUGGCAGAACUCGCUCAGACACAACCUCAGCUUCAACGACUGCUUCGUCAAGAUCCCGCGGCGACCCGACCGUCCGGGCAAGGGUGCCUACUGGGCGCUGCAUCCCGCUGCUCUGGACAUGUUCGAGAACGGAUCCCUACUCAGGAGGAGGAAGAGGUUCAAGUUGAUGAAAUCUGACAAAGAUAGGUUAGAAAAUGAACUCGCCGCUUUGGCUAACAUGAACAGGUUCUUGUUCGCACCUCAGCCCGCGCCACCUCCGCAGCCUCUGCCGCCGCCACCCCCCCCGGCUGUGACCAUGGACCCUCUGCCUCCAGUGACCUCCCUCACGUCACUGCCCCCGGUCAACACCGUGGUCUCCGAGCCAGCGCCGAGACCCAAGAGGCUGUUCACCAUAGAGAGUCUUAUUUCUCCGGAUAAGCCCAAAAGUCCGCCACCUCCCGUGAUGGCCGCUCCCCAGACAGCCUGCUACCCUCCUCCGAUGCACCAUCCCCAGCUGGUUCUGCUGCCUCCUCCCCCGUACUUCCAUCCACCACAGCACGUCUUCAGAUUCAGCCCCACGUUACGCGCCGUAUGACAAUAGGUCGGGUUUGUAAGUAUUGUAAUUUAUUAUACAUAUGUAAUUUAAUUAUCAGUCUAUUGUGGAUAGAAUUUAUAUCUUGUGUAUGGGUCACAAAAGUAUACUAAUAGCGUAAGGGUCUAACAUGUUUAUUCGACUAAAUUCUUCCACCCCAAUAUUGAUUAGUUGAACAACUUAACAAAACGUUUGCAAAUGUUAUUU